AUGCAACAACUGUCCCCUAUACCUCCCCUCUCAACUCCGUCCAAGGACCGUGACAGGUUUAUCAGAGUUCUAGUUUCCCCCAGCAGUGAACACAUGGGUGAAAGUGAUGAGAACGUGGAACAAGGCAACUGGUCCUCGAAGACCGACUACCUGCUCUCAAUGAUCGGCUGUGCUGUGGGUAUGGGCAACGUCUGGAGAUUCCCUUACCUGGCUUACAGGAAUGGAGGAGGAGCAUUUCUCAUUCCCUACACAGUCAUGCUGGCACUUAUUGCAAUGCCAAUGUUUUUCUUGGAAACUUCCUUCGGGCAGUUUGCCAGCCUUGGUCCUGUCGCAGUGUGGAAAGCUGUGCCAAUACUACAAGGUGUGGGAAUCACUAUGGUCCUUUUCAGUACAUUCAUUGAUAUUACUUACAACUGCAUCAUCGCCUACAGCCUGUUCUACCUGUUUGCCUCUUUCCAGUCCCCCCUGCCGUGGUCAGACUGCUUCAGCUGGUGGGGUGCAGAUGAAACCUGUAGUCGGACACCCAGAGAUCCGCUCUGCAACCUCACUCUGGACGGUGGAUAUUCUGAAGUCGUUAACACAACCUGGCUGCAGGCAAACAACAAAACCUGUUCCAAUGGAUCAGAAAUCUAUGUUCCACACCAAGGCCCAAGUGAACAAUACUGGGAAAAGUUUGUUUUACGCCGCGCAAGUUCAGUGGGCGAGACAGGGGAGAUAGUCUGGUACUUGGCCCUCUGUCUGCUUCUGGCCUGGCUGAUCGUUUGUGGAGCACUUUCUAAAGGAAUCAAAACUUCAGGAAGAUUUGCAGCGAUAAUUAUUUAUGUUAAAUCAGGAACAGAAGACAACCUAACAAUCCUUUUCCACGUUCAGGUGGUUUAUUUCACAGCAACAUUUCCGUACGUGGUUCUGACUGCACUUCUGAUUCGAGGACUGACCCUGGAGGGAGCCUGGAAAGGGAUUGAAUUCUACAUUGGAAGCGAGUCGGACUUCUCAAAGCUGGCUGAUGCUGAGGUCUGGAAAGAUGCAGCAACACAAAUAUUUUAUUCACUUGCAAUUGGCUGGGGCAGUUUAAUAACCCUGUCGUCCUACAACAAAUUCAACAACAACUGUUACAGAGACACCAUGAUCGUCUGCAUCAUUAACUGUGCCACGAGUGUGUUUGCUGGAUUUGUCAUCUUCUCCAUCCUGGGACACAUGUCUCACGUACAGGACAAGCCUGUUUCAGAGGUCGCUAAGUCAGGUUUUGGUUUGGCUUUUAUCGUGUAUCCAGAGGCUUUAACACAGUUGCCGUGGGCGCCUCUUUGGUCCAGCCUCUUUUUCUUCAUGCUGAUCACCCUGGGACUCAGCAGUCAGUGUGUUGCUGUCGAAGCAGUAAUAACAACCCUACUGGAUCAGUUCCCUGGCUUUCUGCGAUCAAGGCGUCCGUUUCUUACAGCUGCUGUUUGCCUGAUAUUUUAUUUGCUCAGCCUAACCUGCACAACACAGGCUGGAAUUUACUGGUUAAACUUAAUUGAUCAUUUCUGUGCUGGAUGGGGUAUUCUUGUCGCUGCCAAUCUGGAACUUAUCAGUGUGAGCUGGAUAUACGGUUAA